ACCGCAACGAGUACCAGCAUGUCGGUUGGGACGGCGCGGAAGUACCUUCACCGAGCGCGCCACGAGAUUUGGAAUUCGAAGGCUACACAUAUGCGGACGAUGCAUCUGGAACUAUCUUGGGCAGCUGCACUAUGGAUCUCACGGGCUAUCAAAAGAAAUCCGCCUCUAUUGACAACUCAUCGAGCAUUGGCGCCGUCGAGGCCAUUUCGGUGCGGGUCAAUGGAAACCACGGACAAGCCUACACAUGCCUCUACUCGAUCAAAGUAUUCGGAAAAAAGACUCUCACCCAACUAUCGCCAACUGAAAUCGCGUCGGAAACU